AUGGGAAUGGUGCAACUUGCUGCUAGGACAGGUUAUCUGGAUAUGGCUGGCUAUCUAGAUGAAAACACGGGGCAACGUGGUGAAUGGGGUCUAAAUGCUGCUGCUAAAGAAGGAUUUGCCAGGGUGCUUCCCGUGCUCAUAAAACGUUACUGCAUGAAUGACAAGCUUAAUGAAAGCAUGUACCCGUGCUCCGAGAUAUUAUCGAGUGAGCUUACAAACCAGGGCGCGACUCCAGCUUCUCCAUUGUGGUACAAGUCAUUGAAAAUGCUUAAGCUCUUGCACACUGAUCGAUAUCACAGAUGUGUGUCCGUGAUACUUGAUCUAGCACUGCAACGUGGAUACUUGGUCAUGGCUCGACAAUUUUUCGAGCGCAGAAACGAACAGGAAAAGUGUCAGUAUGUUGCUAUUGCUGUUGAAGGAGGUCACGAAAUCGUAUUAAUGAGGUGGCUGAUCGAGAAUGGGACCUCAUUGAGCGUUGAUACAGCAAUUAAUCUUGCCUCAGAUCUUGUCGUGUACAAAGAAACCUACGUCGAAGCUAUUUGGUGGUUGUCUGAAAGCGACCGUGUGGCUCUCAUUCAUGACGCUCUAGAGAAUAAUCGCCGCAAGGUAUUGCUGUGGGUGCUACAAAAUACCGUUUUCGAGGAUGAAACUUCUUGGUAUGCUAUUCGAAGUGGUCUCAAGAUGGUUGAUAACGCUGCAGCCCACUGGCUUUCUAAAAACCUCCCGAAUGAUGAGGCUCGUAGUUGGUGUUUUCCAUCGCAGCAAAAGGAACCAAGCGCUGCUACUACAGAUAGAAGAUAG